UAUUUUAUUUUAAAUUUUACCUCAUAAACAGUCAAACAAUUAUUAACUGUACAAAUUCUCUAUUUUUUUGACGAUCCACCAGACGACGCAGGAGAAUCUUUGGGCAUGAGCGCACCACCGAAGCUCACUCGACCAUCUUAUGAUCUUCGACUCUGGCUUCGCCCAUCUCCAGCACCGUCCACAAGACCAACACCAACCACCUCAUGCUUGCCUUUUGCUUGUCGUGCCCUCCGUCCUCACAGCUUCUCCUCCAGUCAUCCCGGUCCCGGCCGCGGCCAUUUUCUAUCCCGUCAACCACAUCAGGGCAACCUGCCAAACACCGCGAUUGCGCAAUCCGUCCAAACCCCGUCAACUUCCUGAUUCCCUCUCCCGGAGCCAUCGAGAUGCUCUCUUCCUCCGUUAGUUCAGCUACCGCCGCGCUGUCUCGCGGGUCGCCGCCGCUCCAAGAAGCAUGCCCCGCCUAUUGCUUCCAUCUCCAUCGCCUCGCCCCUGUCUGAACGACUCGGUGCGCCGUCCACCACUCUCCAAAUAUCGGUUCUUCCUGCCCAGGACUCGGAGGCGGCCAAGUCCGCGGCUUGGCGUGCGAAUGGCAGAGAUGACCAAGGUUGGGAGCGCCGGGGAACCGGCCGAGGUUGGGGUUUCCAUGGAGAGUGACCCGAUUGUGGGAGGGGAGGCGCCGUCCCGCCCGGGGUGGGAAGCGAGCCGGUGGGCGCCCGUGGAGGCUGCGCUGAAUCGGAUGAGUAAAUGGCUGGUGGCUGGUUCUCUUGCUUUUGCAGCUAUUUGGAAGCGUGAUGCUGAAAUUAUGUGGUUUUUGCUGGGUGCGGUUGGCAACUCUCUGCUUUCGAUGGUUCUUAAAAAGAUGCUAAACCAUGAAAGACCCGCACCAGCUUUGCGGUCUGGCCCUGGGAUGCCAUCGUCCCAUGCACAGUCCAUAUUCUAUGCUGCGACCAUCCUGGCUCUUUCAUUGUACUACUGGCUUGGGACAAAUUAUCUGACCAUGAUUCUUGGGCCUGCAACUCUGUCGGUGGCUGCCUAUCUGUCUUGGCUACGGGUGUCUCGGCGCCUUCAUACACUAAACCAGGUCAUGGCGGGAGCUGUUGUAGGAUCUGUCGUCGGUGCUCUAUGGUUUGUGCUCUGGCAUUCGCUUGUGCAGGAGGCUUUUGCUUCUUCUCUGCUGGUCAGGAUUGCAGUCGUUCUUGGAUCAUCAGCAUUUUGUGUUGGCUUUGUCAUCUACAUGAUUCGUCACUGGCUCAAGGAUGAGUAAUGUACUUCUUAGCCGCAAUGGGAGAUCGACUGAUAGGCACGGUGCGUUUGGAUGAGUGAAUCCGUUCCAAUUGUUAUCAGAAUCGCUUGAAAUGGUGUCAAAUGGGUUGUGAGUGGAGCGAUUCACGAGUGAAACCAUUUUUAAUUAAAAUUCAAUCUAGUAGUUAAAUGAUUUCACGAAGUGAUUCUAGUUCGUGAUCAGAAACAUUUCAAGAAUUUAGAUCCAAAAUGUUUCUAUACCCAUCAUGGUGCAAAGACCUCUAAACGCACAUUUGAUUUCUGUUGUGAAUUAGACCUUUUUAUUUAACACUGAAGGAAAGUUAAAGCAUGGAUUCUUGUGGUACCGAAUAAUCGGCCACUUGGUUUCCUUUUUUUUAGAAA